GUUCUCGCCAUUUCCACGCGAUUCAUCGCCAAUCAGUCACACUCACCGAGUGAUUGACUUGUUUACUGCCUGGUCCCAUGAGGUUUCUCUCUGGGGCUCUGCCCCGCGCGGCACGCCUUCAUACUCCCAUAAUCCUCUCAUCGCGACAAACACCAUGCGGCGCUCGUAACUAUGCGCGGACGGCAGAAGUGCUGCGGAUGAACCAGUCGCUCUCCAACGGAACCCGCCCGACGAUCAGAUACCCUAUUUUUUCGGUGGGGUCGGAGCAGAACAGAUGGAUUUCACAGAAUUACCUGCGGAAGCAGAAGGAGGCCAAAGAAGAAUGGGCCGAGUUUGCACGGGAAAUCAAGGAGGGAAAGAGGAAGAACUUUGCACAACACCUCGAUGAGAGAGGACUGCUACAUGAUGUUGUCGGAGAACGGAAAGUAUUAGACCGUCUGUUCACGCACAAGAGGGUUGGCAUGUAUGCUGGUGUGGAUCCGACAGCUCCCUCUUUGCAUGUUGGCCAUAUGCUGCCUUUUAUGGUGUUGGCUUGGGGUUAUGUUUGGGGUCUGCCUGUUACAUUUCUGCUUGGUGGUGCCACCGCUCGGUUCGGCGAUCCAACAGGGCGACUAAACAGCAGAGAACAAGUCCACUCCUCGGUCCGGAAGGCAAAUAUGGCGAGCAUGCACAUGCAGCUGAAGAAGCUGGGCAACAGUGUAUUUAUGUACGGUAAAAGGCAUGGAUAUGACUUGGAGCGGGCCAGGCGUGCUCUAGUGAACAACAACACAUGGUGGAAUUCGUUGCCCCUCGUGGAUGUAUUCCGGGAUCUGGGAGUCCACACGCGCCUUGGUCCCAUGCUGGGCCGAGAUACGGUCAAAAACCGACUGACAAAAGGUGAUGGAAUGUCCUUCGCUGAGUUUGCCUACCCCCUAAUGCAGGCAUGGGACUGGUGGACACUCUUCCAAAAGGGCGUCCAGGUCCAAGUUGGAGGCUCAGACCAGUAUGGGAAUAUCCUCUUCGGCAUGGACGCUGUGAAAUCCAUCAGCAAGAACAACGUGGACCCCUUGCAUAAGAGCGAUCUAGACGAUGUAUUGGAUAGGCCUAUUGGAAUUACGACACCUUUGCUCACCGCUCCGUCAGGGGAGAAAUUUGGAAAGUCUGCCGGCAAUGCGAUCUGGCUCGACAAGGAUAUGACGUCCACGUUCGAGCUGUAUCAGUUCUUUGUUCGAACCCCGGAUGAUACCGUUGAGCGCUAUUUGAAGAUGUUCACCUUCUUGCCGAUUCCCGAAAUCGCAAAGAUUAUGGAGGAGCAGAACAAGGAUCCAUCCAAGCGGGUGGCCCAGCAUGCUCUUGCUGCGGAGUUUGUCGAGCUGAUUCACGGUAAAGUAGAAGCCGAUGCUGUCGCUCUCCAGCAUCGGCAGCUGUUCCGCCCACGGUCGUCAACCGCAGAACCAAGCCCGCUACCUCUCAAACCCUCUUCCCCUGGCAACGCCCAGUCCCCAACGGCAGGCUUCGAUAAUCCCCAAUCCGGGAACGCAUACGCCCCCCAAACCAAUUUUGCGAACAUGCCAAAAACUCACGUCACUCUUCCCCAUUCUCUGGUCUACAACCAGCCGAUGCAUAAGGUUCUAUGGUCGGCAGGGCUGGUAACCUCCAAGAGUGAAGGCCACCGUGUGAUUGUGAACAGGGGUGCUUAUGUUGGAAGCCGUCCCGGAGACAGUGGGCCAAUGUCCGAUGAUCUGGCAUUUACGCCCGUCAGGACCUGGCCAGUGGAGAAGACGGAAACAUUUAUCCUCGGGGGAAACACGUUGUUCCUGAAGCUGGGCAAGUGGAAGUUCAAAAUCGUGAAGAUUAUCAGCGAUGAAAAAUUCAGGGCGGCUGGACUGACCGCGCCCGGAUGGGAGGAGAAGACUACGCGAUCCAACAAAGGCGGUAAGCCUUAGAUGACUUGCUUGAUAUUAUACCACUCCUUGUAUUUUUAGACAUGUGUACAUAUGUAUACCUCGAAUGGAUUCAUACGAAG